UUCGCCGCGACGCCAUGGAAAAGUCGACCAGUCGCAAGCCCGCAGCAUUCAUGCAGAGGAAUUAAUUUAAAUUAUCAUGUUCCAGCAAGCAAAGACAAAGUUUCAACACAUAGGUACCACCUCUCUCUACCCUCCGCCAUGUAAUCCAUAGAUUAUAGACCGCAAAACUAGUUGAGGAGGUACAUCUGAACCAGUUCCUCAUCCAGCUCCCGUGCACCCGGAGAACCAACCAGUCCACGGCCUCAUCUUUCGAGAAACUACUUUUAUAUAUGUCCAUGCCUCAUCUGCCCUUCUUUCUGUAUAAAAACAAAUAUGUUUUCAUAGUGUAAUAAUAGUUUUAUAUUGUAGUUCUAAAUAAAUUCAGAUCAGUUCCUUCUAAGGUUUUCUUCUUCACCCUUCCAUGGACGUCCCGGAUCUCAAGUCCCCCAUCUUCAUCCCAGAUUCCUAUUCUCCUUCCCAACAAGUCGAUGAUUCCUCCAUUCCCACCUCCUCUCCUGGACCUCCGAGGAGGUACUUGAUGUUAGUCUUGUUCGCCGUCUCAGCUGUAUCAUUGCUGGGCCUCGUCUCUCCGUUUUACCAUGGAGGAGAAUUGGCGUCCCACCGGGCACCGGCGACUCCAUUGGAACGAUGGACCUUGUCCCGGGGCACGGCCGAGGGCGUGUCGGAGAAGUCCAAUGGACGGAUCCUCGGCGCCACCCCGGUCUACCCCUGGACCAACGCCAUGCUUGUCUGGCAGCGCACGGCCUACCAUUUCCAGCCGCAGAAGAACUGGAUGAAUGACCCUGAUGGGCCCAUGUAUUACAAGGGGUGGUAUCACCUGUUCUACCAGUACAACCCGGACUCGGCGGUGUGGGGGAACAUCACGUGGGGGCACGCCGUGUCACGUGACCUCAUCCACUGGCUCUACCUUCCCCUCGCCAUGGUCCCCAGCCACUGGUACGACGCCAACGGCGUCUGGACCGGCUCCGCGACGCUCUUGCCGGACGGCCGGAUCGCCAUGGUCUACACCGGUUCGACCACCGAGUCGGUCCAGGUCCAGAACCUCGCCUUCCCGGCCGACCCGGACGACCCGCUCCUUCUCAAGUGGAACAAGUCGGAGUCCAACCCGGUAAUCCGUCCCCCUUCCUGGAUCGGGCUGACCGACUUCCGCGACCCGACCACGGCCUGGUACGUGCCGACCGAGUCGGCCUGGCGGAUCGCCAUCGGAUCGAAGGACGCGGACCACAACGGAAUCGCGCUGGUGUACCGGACCAAGGACUUCGUAACCUACGAGCUCCUCCCCAGGCUGUUGCACUCAGUGAACCGGACCGGGAUGUGGGAGUGCGUGGACUUCUACCCGGUGUCGACCGCGUCGAAGGUGGGGCUGGACACGUCGACCGGGCCGGGGCCGGGCGUGAAGCACGUGCUGAAGGCGAGCCUGGACGACAACAAGCACGACUACUACGCGAUCGGGACGUACGACGGGGAGGAGGGGACGUGGACGCCGGACGACCAAGAGAUGGACGUGGGGAUCGGGCUGAGGUACGAUUACGGCAAAUACUACGCGUCGAAGACGUUCUACGACCCGGUGAAGGAGCGGCGCGUGCUGUGGGGUUGGAGCGGGGAGACCGACAGCGAGAAGACGGACCUCCUCAAGGGCUGGGCCUCCGUACAGGUGGAUCACUCCAUAGUAGAGAGCUUUGCUCAAGGGGGGAGGACAUGCAUCACAUCGCGUGUGUAUCCAACUGAAGCAAUUUAUGGCGGGGCACGAGUCUUCCUCUUCAACAAUGCAACCGGCGCUCCGGUGACCGCCAAAUCGAUUAAGAUAUGGCAGAUGAAUUCUGCAUUCAUUCAUCCAUACGCGGCCUAGGCUGAAGUUAAUUUGGUGAUUCAAUACCAAUUGCUCAGCCUUUAUCUAUUACUCUGCCACCAUUGAUCCCAGAACAUCCCCUUAUUUUAAGUUCGUUAUUACACUUCAUUUGUUGAUGGCCUUGUGUUGGAAUUGUAUUUGUUCCAACUGGGCAACCUUGGAGAGUAUUCUUCUUUCAAUGCUGUAGAGGGUGAUAUAUUUAUAAGCCCAUGAUCAUAUUUCUUAUUAGUUCUAUGACCUUACGACUCGGAGCAUGGCGCCAAUUUCCUUUCCAGAUGCCCUAAGUGGUCUGGGGUUGUGAUUGGAUUACUUGCUUGGUGGAGAAAACAUUCAUGUCAUGUGAAGAUCGCAGAAAUUGAUCUGAUGGUGGGCAUCUCUCUCUUCGGAUGUUUUCGAUUUCAAACAGAAAGGCGAUCGACAUUUUUAUGUAUUGAUUUAUAUAUAUAUAUAUAUAUAUAGAGAGAGAGAGAGAGAGGAGGGGUCUACAGUAAAUUCUUGAGAUUAAUUUCUUGGUGCCCUAAAUGUUUAACUGUA